AUGAAAAUCCUCGUAGUGUUAUCCCUGGUCGCGUUAGCUGUGAGCCAACCUAUCGAUGACGAUGUAGCCACUACGUUCAAUUACCACGAGCACACCGGAGUCCACGAACUAGCAAGAAUCAAGGCGAUUGAAGAUGCGAUCGAUUUUGAUGGAAGCAGAAUCGUUGGUGGAGGUCCAGCCAACCUUGGGCAGUUCCCAUUCGCGGGCGGUCUCAUCAUCACACUCGUGGACGGCCGCCAGUCCGUCUGCGGAUGCUCGCUCCUGACCAACACUCGCAUAGUCUCCGCCGCCCACUGUUGGAACGACGGCAGGCAUCAAGCAAGGCAGUUCUCCGUGAUCCUUGGUUCCGUACUUCUCUUCACUGGCGGACACCGUGUUAACACCAACAAUGUUCGUGUGCACCCCAACUGGAACCCGAGGAAUGCCCGAAAUGAUGUGCUGAUUGGUACCAUUCCACACGUCGGAUAUACCAAUAACAUCAGAAACGUGAAUCUCCCCGUUGGCAAUAAUCAGUAUGUCGGAGUGACCGCUAUCGCUGCUGGAUUUGGUCUUCAAAGAGACGGUGGUCAAAUCACCCAACAGCAAACAAAGCACCACGUAGCACUCCAAGUGAUCAGCAACCAGGUGUGCCGUAGCUCGUACCUUCUGAUUGUCGUCGACUCCACACUGUGCACCAGCGGCGCUGGCGGCAGGAGCACCUGCAGCGGCGACUCCGGCGGCCCUCUGGUUAUUGGCAGUGGUGCUAAUGCUGAAUUGAUCGGUGUCACAUCCUUUGGAUCACCACGCGGCUGCCAGGCCGGCGAGCCCGCUGGUUUCGCCCGAGUCACCGCCUUCGCAAGCUGGCUCCGAUCAUAA